CACGUCGCCGAUGCGGACAUAUACGAUGAGUGGAGGAAUGCUGAUCGGCCGUGGCGUAAUGUGCGUGCUUGUCUGUGUGCAUGCGGUGUGAUGUGGAAUCGUAUUCGUACGGGUGCAUCGGAGUCCCUGCGCAAGAAUUUCUGCUCUCGGGAAUCUAGUCAGAUGAAGCGUCAACGCGGAGGGGCCUGGCCAUCAGACAACGGCAUUGGACCCACAUAUUCUCGGAGUUCUUCGGACCCAGAUGGUAAGAAGGUUUUCGCGCUACGCCAGGGGCCUUUGAGCGUUUCUCUGCGCAUGCAUGCUCGCGUGCUAUGCCCGAUUGCUUCGAGAUUCGUGCUAAAGGUCUCAGUCAUCCUCGGGUUGCAGGUGAGGUCCACAUCCAAACCCAGCAGGAACUUCGGGAAUGUGAGUUUACGGAGGGCUCGCAACUCGCCAACGAUCGUCUCGCUAAACGUCUAGCUGUACACACAUCCAAAUGGGAGAAUUUCGAUUGGGACCUUGAAGCCUUCGGAGUCCCGGUAAGUAAUCAUGGUUAUAGCCUCUUGGUGGUAUCAUUGCGCCAGGGAUUCUGGCAAGUGAUCAAUAAAGAUUUCCAGCGGAGAGUUGGCUGGAUUGUUAACCGCCUGGACGGUAUGUCUUUUAUGUUCCAUACGCGCCACUCUGCUCUUCGACGGGAUCUGAUCGAGCACUUCUUCAGGGAAUGGAAUACGAGGGCGGACGUGCUUACUCAUGCUGCCCGCGAGGGCAACGACAUAUUUCAGGAUCGUAUAGGGCAGGAGCCCAAUGAUAUUUUUAGUUUAUACAUGUAUUGUGUCAUCGAUUGUGGUUUCGAUGGCGGUGUGUCGACGGCUGGUGUCGGAGUCGGUUGCUGGAUUGAUGUCGGUCGUGUCUCGCGGACAUAUCGUAAGCCGAGCUCCGGAGAUGUUGUAUGGGCGGAGGUGUACAGUGCUGCUUUCUCUAUCAACAGCGCUGCAGUUACCAAUGCCGAAAUGUCGGCGAUUGAACAUAUCAUCGAUGUUCUUCCACGGGCCGUUUCCACAUACUUCGAGCUUGAAAUAUUGUGACUUGUGAUUGCGUUGUUUUCUUCGUGCUUGUGUGUUCUCAUGCAUGCGCGUGUGUCGAAUAAGAGCUUCGCUUGACUGUUACUUAUUCUAUAUAAGCUUCGCCCCCAAGCUGCCGCACUCGCUGUGGUGGGCGGUUUGGCUCACCCUGUAUGUUGCCCGUUUCUUGCUUGCGACUGGGCCAGACGGCCCGCGCAGUCGACCGCAAAGACCGCGAAACCAAGUCGUAGAGUUUCCUUGCGAUGUAGAUAAUGGCAUGCGGGCAAGGCA